CUCACAGCUGUAUUGCAAAUCUGCACAAUAUUCGUGUUUUAUUUGCAGCACAUCAGGCCAAUCUGGUGAUGCGCCAGACAAACAUGUACCUGUAGUACAAGCAAAUAAAACAAUACUUCCAUCGUCAACACCGUAGCUGAUAAGAUAAGUGAGGGGUUUGAAUUGACCCAUUAUUCGCAACCGGAGCGAAAAGUUUAGAAUCUGUUGCUGAACUGCGUAUCAAAUUCAUCGGUUGAUAACAAAACUUCAAAGAGGACGAAUCGAUCUGAAUAAGCUACACAAGCAAGCAAACGUUAAGUGAGAUCGAACAUGUUUCAGGUGCUACAAAGACGUUCAAGGAAAUUGGCCAUUUUACGGCAUGUAAGACGACAAAACGCAACUGCAUGCAGCGCAAGAUACUAUGGCACAUCGGAUAAGGGAAACAAAGGCGGCACCAGCAACGGUGACGAUCUUUCCGAACAGGUAGAAGCAAACAAGGAUAACCCUAUCUCACGGACACUGAAACUUCUCGGCAACGAUGUGCAGCGUGCGAAAAAAAUGAUUUUACCGCGAUUUUUAACAAAAAGCGAUACCAAGGACAAAUCAUCGGAAUCGAUCGACAACUAUCUGCAGCGGUACAGGCGGGACGAUUUUCAAUCUCAUUGCGACGUUCUCGUAAUCGGUGGCGGUGGAGUAGGAUCCUCCAUUGCCUACUGGUUGAAGAAGCGAGCUCGCGAAGGACUUAACGUGGUGGUGGUCGAAAAGGAUUCGACUUACGGACAGGCUUCCACCUGCCUAUCGGUCGGCGGAUUGCGGCAACAGUUUUCCAUCGUAGAAAACAUCCAAAUGAGCCUGUUUGGGGCAGAUUUUAUGCGCAACAGUAAGGACUAUCUUGGUGACGACGUCGAUUUAAAUUUCACCCCGCACGGAUAUUUGCUUCUGGCGAGUGAAGCGGGUGCAGAGCAGUUGGAACAAAACUCCAAACUACAGUGCACGCUCGGUGCAAAAAACGAAUUGCUGACGGCGAGUCGCCUUAAGCAACGUUUUCCCUGGAUGAACACGGAAGGGAUCGUACUGGGGUGUCAUGGGCUGGAGAAGGAAGGCUGGUUCGAUCCCUGGGCGUUGCUUUCUGGCUUCCGGAAACGAGCUACCGAGUAUGGUGCGCACUAUGUGGAGGGUGAAAUGGUUGGGUUUGGCUUCCACCAACAGCCGGACAUUUUGACCGAAGGCAUCGAGGAGGGUGCGUACGAAGGCAUUAAUCGUGCGUUCGUAAAGAUGAAGGAUGGUGAAAUGCGAGAGAUAAAGUUUGCGAUCGCUGUCAUUGCUGCCGGUGCUCAGUCCGGUGCGAUUGCAAAGAUGGCCAGGAUUGGCACGGGGAAAGGAAUGCUAUCAAUACCGCUACCGGUGGAACCGAGAAAACGUUUCGUUUACGUGUUCCAGUGUGAAAAUGAUCAGGGUCCGGGCAUUAACACACCACUAACGAUUGACCCCAGCGGGACGUACUUUAGGCGGGAUGGAUUGGGUGGUAAUUAUUUGGGCGGUAAAAGCCCACUGCCGGAAGAGGAACCAGCGAUAGAUAAUUUGGAUGUUGAUCAUGGAUUUUUCGAGAAAACGGUAUGGCCAAAUCUAGCCCAUUUGGUACCGAGUUUCGAAGCGAUAAAGGUGAAAAAUUCAUGGGCUGGGUACUAUGAGUUUAAUACGUUCGAUGAAAAUGGUAUUGUAGGCCCGCAUCCAUACUAUAACAAUUUGUACAUUGCAACCGGAUUUAGUGGGCAUGGCAUUCAACAAACGCCAGCCGUAGGAAGAGCCGUUUCCGAGAUGAUCAUAGACGGUGGGUUCCGAUCAGUGGAUCUCACGCGCUUCGGGUUCGAUAGGGUCAUCAUCGAUCAACCGAUGUACGAGGCAAACAUUUUCUAGUCCAAAUGAGCGCAGGUGUUAGAAAGUUCGUUAUGAUGAUUGAAACAAUCAUUGAAAAUGAAAUACAAACAGAACAUUUUACACGCCCGUGUUCUUUUUUGACACAAGGAUUUAUUCAACCCAGUGUAACCUAAUCCAUCGACAAACACGAAUCCUACACUACAUUAGAACACAAAGGAAAAAUGCGAUGAAAAACAGAUAUAACGAAGCGCGUACGUGGAAC